GUUACCAUUAUGGACCACAGAGAAGGUUGUAGGACAGAGGAGAUCGUGGAGGAUCCAAUGACUGUUCCUCGGAGAAUCAUGGAGGGAUGGACACCCCAACUUCUUGAUGAACUUCCAGAAGCAUUUUCUGGUUGUAGAUGUACUGUGUUGACACUAGUGUUAUGUAUUGGAAACAUUGGUAUCUAGAGUGCAUGACAUUAUCACGUUCAAUAGGGUUCAACACUCAACUUUUUGGUACUAAAUUGGAGGACUCAAGCUUGACAAGUGAGGAAUAUAAGGAGGCAGUUUUGGAAGCUAAAGAGCACAUUCUAGCUGGGGAUAUAUUUCAGAUUGUAUUAAGCCAGCAUUUUGAGAGGCGAACAUUUGCAGACCCAUUUGAAAUUUACCGAGCAUUGAGGAUAGUUAAUCCAAGUCCAUAUAUGACUUAUUUACAGGCUAGAGGCUGUAUUCUGGUUGCUUCAAGUCCAGAAAUUCUAACACGUGUCAAGAAGAAAACGAUCACCAACCGGCCUCUUGCUGGGACAGUUAGAAGAGGAAAAACACCUAAAGAAGAUUUAAUGCUGGAAAAGCUGCUUUUGAAUGAUGAAAAGCAAUGUGCAGAGCAUAUUAUGCUUGUAGACUUGGGAAGGAAUGAUGUUGGGAAGGUCUCAAAACCUGGUUCUGUCAAGGUUGAGGAGCUCAUGAACAUUGAGCGUUAUUCCCAUGUCAUGCACAUAAGUUCAACAGUAACUAUCUCCUUUCGGGUUACUGGAGAGUUACUUGAUGAUUUAACUAGCUGGGAUGUUCUUCGUACUGCGUUGCCUGUUGGGACAGUCAGUGGAGCACUGAAGGUGAAAGCCAUGGAGCUGAUCGAUAAGCUAGAAGUGACUAGACGUGGUCCAUACGAUGGUGGCUUUGGGGGAAUUUCGUUUUCUGGCAACAUGGACAUUGCCCUUGCUCUGAGAACUAUUGUUUUUCCAACUAGCUUUCGGUAUGAUACAAUGUAUUCAUACAAGGACGCAAACAAGCGCAGAGAGUGGGUCGCUCAUCUCCAAGCCGGGGCAGGAAUUGUUGCUGACAGUGAUCCAGCCGAUGAGCAGAGGGAGUGCGAGAACAAAGCUGCUGCUCUUGCGCGCGCUAUUGAUCUGGCGGAGUCGUCAUUCGUUGAUAAUUGAAUGCGUUUUUUGCUCGCAUACAGAAUCUGGUUUGUAAUAUAUCAAGUUUUCCUUGGCAAUUUUAGUCGUGAGUUCAUCUUUUUGUAUGAAUAAUGUGAUUUUGAUAAAAGUGAAGAUCUGAUGUUAGGAA